UUAAAAGCAACUUUUUCCCCAAAAAUAUUAUGCAGAAUGAAGCUCUGAAUGGUGGUGGUACGCUGUUUGUGAACAAGCAUCCAAACCUUAAAGUCCGAGUUGUUCAUGGAAAUACCUUAACUGCUGCAGUAAUUCUCAAUGAAAUCCGUGAGGACGUGAAAGAAGUGUUCUUAACAGGAGCAACUUCCAAACUUGGAAGGGCAAUUGCCCUCUACCUUUGCCAAAGGAGAGUAAGAGUCCUGAUGCUAACUUCGUCAAAAGAGAGAUUUCGAAAAGUUCAAAAGGAGGCCCCACUUGAAUAUCAAAGCUAUCUGGUCCAAGUCACCAAGUACCAAGCAGCUCGUGGUUGCAAGACCUGGAUCGUGGGGAAGUGGAUCACACCAGGGGAGCAAAGUUGGGCCCCGACAGGAACACAUUUCCAUCAAUUUGUGGUGCCCCCCAUUUUGUCCUUCAGAAGAGACUGCACUUACGGUGAUCUUGCUGCCAUGAGACUACCUGAUGAAGUUCAAGGGCUUGGAAAUUGCGAGUACACCAUGGACAGAGGAGUAGUCCACGCAUGCCAUGCAGGCGGGGUGGUUCACCUGCUGGAAGGCUGGGCUCACCAUGAAGUUGGGGCCAUUGAUGUUGACAGAAUCGAUCUGGUUUGGAAUGCUGCAUUGAAGCAUGGCUUGAAACCGGUCUCCAAUGGUGUCCCCAGACAAAAUUCAAUGUGAAUGCAUGCCUUCUUGCGAAGAAACAAAGGAUUUGCUCGCAACAACAAAUAUUCCUUUGUUUUCUUUACAUUAAAUUUAACUGUAACAAACGAAAGUUGUUUCAAGUUGCAAUUCAAAUGCGAUAUAUUGUGACAUAUAUAUAUGUCCCACCAGAGAUUCUUCAAUGAGAGUACCCAGGAACUCUACCAUUAUCUUAUUCUUCUU